UUUUUUCUGUCGAUUUGAAAAAAAUAUGAACUACGGUGCUGACCAUGACAAGCGAACUCGUUCGACGGAUUGAAUAAGCCACACCACAGUAAUUGGUACCAUGUCGUUUUCCUUCUCUUUUUCUCACCGACCCCUUCUCCACAAAACGAUCGAAAACCAAUGGUUCGAUCGAUCGCCAAAAGAAACCCAGUCCUCGUAAGUCUGUUCCAAUUGUAUUUUGAGGCCUUGAGUGCCAUGCGUGCUCUCGCUCACGUCGUUUCGCUGCUUUUCGCUGCACGCCGUCUGCCUUGCGUUCCAGGCUGACGGCCCUYGAAUUGGCAGAAGCGGCCUACGCCGAGCGAUUGGCGAGCAUCACAAUGCCGGACAAACCGCCCGUGGUCAUCGGAAAGAUCCCCCACUCUCGCUACCAAGAACGCCAGGCACAGAGGAUGCAGGAGGACCACCAGCACCACCACCACCACCACCACCACUCAUCGUCACAGCCACAGCGGGCCAACCGGCGCCCGACAAGCAGCGGCAGCAGCCACCAUCACCACCAGCACCAUGGCAGGAGGUCCGCGUCGGAAAUGUCGGAGAUCGAAUCCUACCUCCUCUCCUCCGACACAACACAACACCACGACGACGACAACCACACCAGCCACACGGACGACGUAUCGACGGUCUUCAACCCAAACCGSGGCGGUGGGGUCGAUGCCGGGGCCGCUCCCUCCGCGGGGUCGCCCGUGCACCAGGAGGCGGCCAUGUUCUGGAAUCGUUCCCGGCGGUCGAGCGCCGGUGGGGAUCGAUUGUACUAGACCAAAACAAAACAAAACAAAACAAAAGCGAUCGAAACCACGCGUGUGAAGUGUUGUCGAACAGCRAUCGAUCCAUCGAUCAAAACCAUGCGCACCCGGAGCAUCCGGUCGUUGCGGUGUGCGUUGCUCACCCACGAACGGUAUCCAUCAUCGUCAAAAGAAAAAGAACCACUCCCCCAUUCUCGAAGGAAACACAGGKACAAACAAGCCRWRAUGAAAGGGCCGAAUGCAUGGCUGCUCAUAGUGCUAUCAGUUUUUCCGAGAUACAUGGUCGUUGGACCSCAUGCAUAAAAUUGAAUUGAUUGCKGCCGAUCCCGCACACGCACACAAUUGUGGGAMCCCCUUCRUCCGAAGAAGUUUUGAAUCGAAUGUUUUGUGUUUCCAGCGGUGGUCAGAAUGAACAUCACUAUUUUGUGAACGACUACUAAAACAGCCUGCGAUGAGAAAGAAACAAUCCCUUGGGGACUCUGCGUAAUGUCGUUGUAUAAAUAACCAUUAACUCU